GAGGAUGGAGCCCACCACAGAGCAGCAGCUCAGCCUGCUCAACUCCAUCACUGCCAGCGACCUCACAGCCCUGAGUAACAGCGUGGCCACAGUGUGCAGCCCAGCGGAGGUGAGCUGCCUGGACUCGUACGGUUUCCCCCCUCUGGAGAGCCUCCACCGGGGGUCCCUGGCACAGGAAGAGCCCCUGGGCUUCCCCUCCAACGGAGGAGAUCCCGACUGUCUCAACAUGCUGGACGCUGGCUUCUACCACUCAGACCUGGGCCAGCGGGGAGGGGUGUACGGGGGCAAGGACUGCGAGCGGCCUUCUAAGAGGCUCAAGUUGGCGCUGCCCGACUCUUUCAUCAACGACGUUUCCGUGGGUAACCUCGGAGUGGACUUUGAGGGGCGGCGGAACACGGCACACCACCGCAUCACCGGCACCAAGAUGGCGGUGUCCGUCACGGACUUUGGGGGCUUGGCGGGCAGUGGGGAGCCCAAUGGGUUUAUGGGAGCACAUGCACGACGUCACAGCACGGCGCUGCAGUCAGAGUGACCACCCCCGCCCCCAGAAUCCCACUUUUAAAUCCACCAUCCCAUGUGUACAUAAGACUCACUCACUGGAGAUUUUUGUUUGAUAAUUAUAUAUACACAUUUAUUUCGUUUUUGAUUUUAUUUGUGAAAUAUGACAUCAGUGAUGUCUUUAUCGUAUAGAACAAAAAAUCUUGAUUUCUCAAGAGUUUAUAUAGCCAUUUAUUUUCCGCGGCCCUGAGAUGUCAGUGUCCAUGUAGAGUGGGGCCCAGCCCAGCCUGUCCCGGAGGCUGCGGAUAGACAGUUGUGUAUUGUUCCUCAUCCCUCACACACACAUCUACAGACGAUUUCGUCAAAGCUACGAAAUCCUGCCACUCAUAUACAGUUGCCAAACCAGCUUUGUUCUGGUUUACUAAGUUUGUUCAUUAUUAAAGUGGUAUUUUUGAUUAACAAUCCGUGUUUACAGGUACUUGCAGAAACCAGGCUUGGUCAAAUGUGUUUUGUCCGAGAGGAGCCUGGGUUUUGUACUUAAUGCAACAACACUCGUUGGUGUUGAGGCGGUGUAGGUUAUAACUAGGAGCAUAUCAGUUGCUAGGAUGUUUUUCUCUCCCUCCUUUGUUUUUGUUCCUGUGGAAGCUUCUUUUGUACUCUGCUUGCUUUUUUCAGACUUUAACAGUCUGAAGUGGCCAAACCAGAGGAGAAUGUUCUAGAAUUUGAACAAUAUAUUAUAUGYUGAUUUUCCUGUGUUCAGCUGUGACAGAGCUUGCCAAAACAUUUUAAACCUUUUUUAAAUCCGCCAAUUUUAUUAGCGGAGUCAAGUGAUCAAUGUGAAGACUAAAAGGCUGGGUCUGACACCCGACUAAUCUGGGCAGUUUUAUCUGUCCAUCAGAUUAUCUGAAACAUGCCCUUAUAAAUCAGUCUCUUAUUGCCCCAGAAAUGAGCCAAUAUCAUGACAAUAUUUUACAUUAUGACAGAACAGUUUUUGGAUUGGCAUUAUAGUGUUGCACUGAGAUGUCAUGUGUUCAGCUCCAGUAAUGUAUAUAGUUUCUGCCCUAUACUCUUAGCACAACAUGUAUUUCUUCAUAAAUCUAUUUGGCCCCAGUUGAGUGCUAAUUGUGCUGUUUGCAUGUUCAUCAUGGAGCUUGCUCAAUCUGCAAAAGUUAGGGUUUAUUUCUUCCCUCUACUGUAUUGCUCUUUAUUGAAACGACUUAAAAGGCCUGCAUAAGCUUGUUAGCAGUAUUAUUUCUUUAUUUAAAGCCACUUUUUUUCCUUUUCUGCCACUUCCACUGUACUGACUGGAGGAUGCCUGGUAUUAUCCGGUCCAUACUUUAAUGUCCAGUUGCAGUCUGACAGAGAUUCAACUUCUAUUUCUCUUGACUGAACUAAUUGUGAAGUGUUGAGUGUCGGGGGGGCAUGUCAUCAUUGUCUUUUUAAUGUAUGCAGUAGUGAUUGCUUAAUUUACCUAUGCAUUGUGAGUUUGAUAAUUAGUUGGUUUCAGGGGUGUAUAUAUACUGAACAAAAAUAUAAACGCAACAAUUUCAACGAUUUUACAGAGUUACAGUUUACAGAAGGAA